AUGAAAUGUUUGGACUUAAAGCCAGAGCACGUGGUCGCUGACGUUGGUAGUGGAACAGGCGCCAUUGCGAAAGAUCUCUUUGAAUUAUCAGGGCUUCAGAAUCCUAUUUGGUGUGUAGACCCCAGCGUGGAGAUGCAAGAAGUGGCUAGACAAAAGAAAGGGGUUUACCCUAUUCUGAAAACAGCUGAAGAAUUUUUUUCAAAUCCGCAAAUUAGCGGGAAUUUUGACCGAGUGCUAGCUACGAUAAGUGCACAUCAUUUUGUAAACCCCGAUGCUGUUUAUAAGGGAAUACUUCGUAGUCUUCGCCCCGGGGGGUUUUAUGUGCAGUUAAACACCGUCAAGGUCAGUCUCCCGUCAUUUAAAAGUGUAAAAACGCUUAGUAGCCAAUGUUUUGAGCGAGAGAGGGAAAUCUCCUCUCCGUUACUGAGAAAAAUCGGUUUGAAUGCCAACCUCUCUCAAGAGGAGUUCUCCUUUUCAUCGGGAGUAAAGAAAUCCAAGCUGUACGAACGAUAUCGAUGCCGCUUCAUAAGUUUAUUGCAGCAUUUAAGCGAUGAUCAAAUUGAAGAGGGAAUAAGCGAGUUAGACCAUGAAUAUUAUCAAAAUGUCAAAGAUGAUGAACUAAUCAAUUACGAAUGCACAAUGCUUGUGACAAAAGUAGAGAAAGUAGCUUGA